GGUGUUUUAUCAAAUAGGAAGCUUUUGAAAAAUGAAGAAAAAAGAAAACCUUGGAUCUUAGCUCUACAGGGCCGAGUAACCCAACCCUCUUAAGCUCAACCUGUUCAACCUACACUUUUCGUUUUUCGUCUGUCCUCCAGGACUCACACUACUUCUAUCCACAAAUCAGCGACCACUCUCGUGCUCCCCACAGGAUCUGUGCAGUUGUGACAACGAAAAGCCGGGCUCCAUUUGUCAGUACUCGGGAGGGCGAAAUCGAUACGUCUGCUGUACAGGAGAAGCACCACAAUGCGGCGCAACAUCGUCAUUGAUUUCGUCUACUGGUCAGACUGUGCGGUGUCGGUCGUCAAAUGACUGCGUUGACGGAUACAGUUGUGUGAAAGGAAUUUGCUGCGCAACUGUUUGUUCAUACGGACAGUGCUUGGACGGCCAGGUGCUGAUCGAUGGGCAGUGCAUAGAUACCGUACCUAUUGGAUCCUAUUGUCGACAGACGGAAAUGUGUCAGGGUGGCUCUGAAUGCGUGCGCUCUCGCUGUCAAUGUCCUCCUGGGACCAGCGAUGUCAGUGGACAAUGCACCCCAUUCGGAAGGAAAUGUGAAAGAGGAACGGUGCUAGUGAAUGGUCAGUGCGAGCAACUAGCGCCUCCUGGAAUGAGAUGUGAAACUGAUCAACGGUUAUUGUAUCCGACGCAUAGUUAUUCAACUGUUGGUGGUAAAUGUAUUGCAAAUGAGCAAUGCGUAGGUGGAUCUAUAUGUAAUGUCAGAGGGACCUGUUCUUGUGACGACGGGUUCUUCGAGAUGGACUUGUACUGCGUCGCAGAUAACACCUCUUCGCCAUGCUCCAGUACUCAGGUGCUGGUGAAUGGACAAUGCCUGGAGAAAGUUCCUUUGGGCAGUCGGUGCUCACACACUCGACAAUGCCUGGGUAAUUCCCGUUGCACGAACGGCUUUUGUCAAUGUCCCAGAGGUAGUUCAGAAACUGAAGCAACGUGCAGUAGUCCGGAGUGUGGACGGAAUCAGGUUUGUGAUAUUUACAAAACAAUUACACCAGGCUAUGCGGGCUGCACAAGGGGUCAUUCCUUCCAUCAGUUGCUAGUGUUGUUGUAUCAUGCGCUCCAGGUUUUCGUGAACCGCAAGUGCGUUCCAAUGGUUUCUGUGGGCCGUCGGUGUCUUUUCACUGAACAGUGCACUGGUAAUUCGCAAUGUCUUAAAGGAUUUUGUGAAUGCGCCAAUGGAGUCGCUUCCAUUGAUGGAAUAUGUGACACUGGGAGCAGCUUUUGCAAAUCUUACCAGGCAAGAAAACUUUUCGCCAACGGAGCCCCCAUCAAUUGUCUGCAUUCACGCUGUCCGGCUAAUAGCCACUGUGAGUACAGCAGUACUGCUCAGCAGUACGUAUGCUGCGGAUGA